GAUUCAGUUAUUAAAUCAGCAUUUUUCUGGCUUUGCCACCAUACACCACCGUCGUUGGCCGGCAAAGCCAGAAAACUCGAAUGGCGUCUCAUCAUGCAUCUCUCGGUCGCCGAACGUUAGAAGAAAUCCGUCAAAAGAGAGCAGCUCAGAAAAUAAGCAAAACUGCAUCUGGUCCUGAUCUCACUUUACCUCCUAAUCCUACCGAGGUUUUUGGAAUCAAAAAGUCAUCUAGCGGAAGUGGAAUAUCAGAGAGUGAUAUUAGUGGAUUAGUGGCACAGCUAGUAGAGUUACAGAAAAAGAAUGUGGAAUUGGAUGAAGAGAAUAAAAAGUUGAGCUCCGAGCUUCGUUCCAAUGAAGCGGAGAAUGAUGUGCUUCGGAAGCGUGUACAUGACCUGGAACAAAAUACUGUACCCUCUUUGAGAAGAGCUCUUAAAGAUGUAGCUAUGGAAAAGGAUGCAGCAGUUGUUGCAAAGGAGGACUUUUCAGCACAGGUUCGAGUACUUAAGAAGCGUCUGAAGGAAGCUGAACAAGAGCAAUAUCGAGCUGAAGAAGAUGCGGCUGCACUUAGAGCAGAAUUAAAUUCGCUACAACAACAAGCAAUGGAUGGUGAUCGUGGUGCCAUGUCCUCCAGGGGAGGUCCACCAGAUCAUUUGCAACAUAUUGAGAAGGAGCUUGCCGAUCUAAAGUCCCAACUGGAGCAAGAGUCAAUGUUGAGGCGUCAAGAGGGAAUGUUGAGGCGGCAGGAACAACAACAAUUAGCAGAGGAGCAAAUGAGGAUAUUUGCCAUCAUGUCCGAGAAAGAAGAGUUGGAAGAAAAGCUAGCUGCCAUGUCCAGAGAGGCAUCAGGAACUGCUGAAAGAGGAGCCCAGUUAACAAUGGAAGACAAAGAGAGACUCGAGAAGCAGUUGCAUGAUAUGGCAGUAGUUGUUGAGAGACUGGAGAGCAGCAGACAAAAAUUACUAUUGGAGAUUGACUCACAAUCUUCCGAGCUAGAAAGGCUCUUCGAGGAAAAUUCUACCUUAUCGUCAGCUUAUCAAGAGGCAACAGGCAUGUUGGCACACUGGGAAAAUCAGGUAAAAGACUGCUUAAAACAAAACGCUGAUCUCCGUAGCAUGUUAGAUAAGUUAAGAACAGAACAAGCUAGUAUACCUGUUGUGAAUGAGAGUCACGGAUUGGAAUCAAACAAAGAAGUUGGGAGUGAGGGUCAUACUACUGAAGUUGUAUCCCUAAAGGGUCAACUUGCUAAAGAACAGAGCAAGUCUGAGACAUUGUCUGCCGAGGUUUUGCAGCUCUCAGCCCAGCUCCAACAAUCCAUUCAAGCCUACAACGGUCUUGCUCGCCUCUACAAACCCGUGCUACGGAACAUUGAGAGUAAUUUACUCAGAAUGAAGCAAGAUGGCUCGUUGACUGUGCAGUGAACUGGAGAAGGCACACACUUCCGGCAACCUAAUGCUAAAAAUGUGAUAAAUAUGAUACCAUAUGUAUCGAUUUGUUUAUAAUGGUUAAACCAUAGUUACAAUAUGAGUUAAAUUUCUCACUGUACUUACUGUUGUUGAAAAGGUUUAGAAAAAUAACAAUUCAUCAUUUAUAAAACUCUGUUUGAUCAA